AUCUUUUAGAGGAUAACCGAAAUUUGAUAAAAAAAAUUAGUUGGAAAUAAUUAGAACAGUGAGAGAGAGGUAAAAAGAGUGAGAGCGGUAGCGAUAUGGAAAGAGUGGUCGAGAAAGAGAUAAAGAAGAGUAAUAGUGAAAGAGAGGGAGAGAGAGAAAUAAUAAACUUAGGAAAAUGUGUGACAUAGAAAAGGAGCGAAUGAGUUAAAACGAUGAAAGAGAAAGAGAGAGUAAUACUAAAGUCUAAUUUCAAAAUUAUAAACAAAAACUAUAAAUUAAAUGAACAACAAUAAUAAUAAACAAAUGGCAACAACAAAUUAUGUAAUACGUAAUAAUGAAAUCAAUGCAGAAAUUAACAAAAGUGGUGGUAAUAAAAAUUAAUAACAUAUUAACAACAAGAAUAACAUUUAUGGUAUCACAAUAAAUACAACAGCAGACAGUUAUAAAUAUUAUAAACUUUGGACAGAAUGUGCUAUAAUUGAAAUCGCAAAAUGCUUGAUAUGCAAUGCACCAACAACUUGGGAACACAAAGUGCAAGAGCAACAAUAACAAUAACGACACACUAUAAAGAGCAUAUAGAAUGCAUUUAACUUCUUUGACUUGUAUAACUACAUGCUAGUGCCAGCCGAAUGGCGUCUUUUGAUCGGAAACUGGUUGUGGUUGGGUGGCAGCAGCAGACGACCUUAGGGAGGGGCCUGAACGUUUUGCACCACAAUAAGAAUUACAGGCAGCAAAAACAAAAACAACAAUUGCUGCAACAAGAAUAAGCAAGCAAACAAGUCUUAAUAAGCCAGGCUAUCAGUUAACUAUAAAAAAAAGUAGUGUGCAAGUGUUAUUACGUCAACAAACAACUCAUUAGUGCAAUUGAAUUUACACAAUAAUAAUUGUUAAUUAUAAAUCGAUUGCUGCUGCAAGGUGUGCGAAAAAUUUAACCUUGAAUUAAAAUUGUCGUCGCAAUAAUAUUUCACAGCGCGUCUACGAAGGACGAAAUACUUGUUUGCGUUGAAGUGUUUGAAUUUGAGAACUAACGCUAAACACUGACCUCUCCACGUUGAGGCGUGACAUGGCGUGGACGAAGCUUACAAUAUUAACAUAAACCACACGACGAGCAAGACGGAAGUCGAGCGCAUAAACGAAAUUACCAGCGGCAAGGAUAUGAGUAGCCCACACAAACACACGUACGUAUGAGGUGUAAUAAAUUCGACUGGAGACGACGGCAAUAUGUAAAGGCGAAAUGGAAAUGCCGCGAAACAUAGCCAUUUCAUUGCGUUCAAGAGAAAUUGAAUGAAAAUUAUGAAAAAAGAGAAUAUCAAGCUGAAAGGCAGACAAAUCAAGGAAGUGUGCGCGUGUGUGUGUGAUUUUGAAACUUAAAUGUGGCUAUAAAAUUUGCAUUUACAUGCUAUAUGCCACAGCUGUGAGUUGGCAUUGUCAUUCAAGCGCACAAUUGUAAGGCAAGCGCACAAAGGAUACACAAGGAUAAUUGCAUAAAUGCGCGGCUAAGUACACGAAGUGCAGGUAGCGCGUGCCUAUGUACGGAAAUUUGAGCGCGUUACAGAUGUGUGAGUGUGCCAAAGGCAAAGUAAGUGUUAAAAGCUUAGCGAAAAUUUAGUGAGACGGCAAAUAAUCGGUGCGAAAAGGCGAGUGAAAAAGAAAACAAAUAGAAGUGAACCAAAAAAAAAACGCAAAAGUGAUAGUUAGUAAAGCGAACUUGAAACUAUUAAUUAAAAAAAUAUAAAUUUAUAGUUACGUCGCCGGUAAACCGUUAGUUUCACUUACCUCGUGCUCGCAGCUACCAUUACGGCAACGCGUGCGCGCGCGCUCUAACACAUUGAACAAUCACGCACAACAGCGCUGUUUAGCUCUACCGCACUAAUUUACGCACCAACAUACCAACAGCUCAAGCUCACUCAUCCAUAUACACACACAUUUAAUUGCGCGAACGAUCUUGUGGCUUUUUGGCUUAUAAAUGUACAAGGACAGCAGCUGCCGCAGCAGUCCGCAGCCAACACCGCCAAAAGCAACGCCAGCAGAAACAGCAAUAAACACAACAACGACAAUAGCGCCAGCACCAGCAACCGAUAAAAAUACGGUUGUAGCAACAACAAGCACCGCAACAACAACAGCAGCAAGCGCCGUGUACACAGCGAGCGCGCAGCCAAGUGACGCUGAGCGUAACGCGUUACUUAAAGGUCAUGCGUCCAAAUCAGUCGACGACCAAACAGCAGCAGCGGUAAGUGAGCGCACGACGUGCGGUGAAGCCACCAGCAUAAACACAGCAUCAGCUGCAGCCAGCACGACACACAACAGUCUAAGCAGUAACAGCAACACGCCCAUCACACUUAGCCUCGCGGCCGAACAUUUGGAGGCGGAGUAUUAUCAGCUCAGCUGCGCCUCAGAUUGUUCGGUUUCGUCAACAUCCUCCUCGGGCGCGAAUACAUCAUGCAGCGGCAGUGACGACAGCGACGAAAACAGUGAAGUGUAUACAUUUCGUGCGCGUCCGGCAUUUCCCGCGCACCUCUUAUAUAACGCGGCGAAACGACGCGCCAACUUGCGACGCGAGCACGCGCCCGGUGAGUGUCAUAGUGCGCCGGGGCUUGACGCCGAUAGUCGACGCGGCAGCGCUGUAAGCGGACUGAGCAACGCUACUGGUGUUAGCGGCGGCAGUAGCAGUCGACGGCACAAACACAAACAUCGCAGCAGCAUUAGCGCUGAUGUACGCGUGCUACGUAAAAUCGGUUAUAUUGCGUCGCGCGUGCGAUUUUUGUCUAAAAUCUAUGGUGAUUUCAAAUUGAUAAAUCCAUACAGUCCGGCAAAACAGCGCAAACAACUACAAGAUAUAUUGCUGCGUCACUCUAUACCUGAUACGGAUCGUAAAGGCGCUGCGGCAGCAUCAGGUUAUCGCACAAAGCACGCAACGACGGCGUACCAAAGCGCGGGAGCGGCAAUAGCGGCCGCAGCGCACACAACGCAUACAGUGCCAGCAACUGUUUUGCCCAGCCAACGGAGUACGACGCCUGAAAGCGCGCGCGGAAGUGCACAAGCAGACGUCGGCGCGUGCGUGCCGGAAACGCAAGCGCCGCGUGCAGAAGACGAAACUGCGCACAGCUCUCUGGAAGACGACGACGAGGAGGAGACAUCUGCCACAUUUACUGCGGGUACGGUGCGCCGUAAGUCAUCUGUGCUGGUAACAGGCGGCGACGAAAGCCUCACGGCGCCAAACUCUCUUGCUGUGCUUGAGGAGCUCUUGGUGCAAUUCUAUGAGCAGCGACAGCAUCGCAUUACUGUAAUACGCCGGCGACAGCAGAGUCGACACGGCAGCCGGCGUGGUAACGGCAAAAUUGCAGCCAACUGCAAGCAACAGUCCGCGCCGCAGCCACAACAAUUAGUCAUUAUGAGCGGCGGCAGCGCUGUGGGGACGGACAGCAACGUCGGACAACAGCUACUGCGCGCCGAUGCCGUCGAUAUCGAGCAGCAAACGAAUUUACGCAAUGCCAAUAACUUAUAUAAUAGUAGCGAAAUCGAUGCCGAUAAUAGCGGCGUAACAACAGCAAGUGCGUCCGCGACACAGCAACAGAGCAGCGUCACCGCUGGCGUGUCGGUGAACAUCGCUGCCACUGCAUCUAGUCAAGCCAAACAAAAGUCACCGCAAACGCAUCAGCAGCAGCGUAGCUAUAGCAAUGCUUUCCUACAGCCAUUCAGCAUUGGUGGCGGCUGUAUGGAUCGACGGCGGCGCGCUAGCGAUUGCUCAACGCAUCCCAGUAGUCAGCAAUUAUUGCAACAGCAGUUGUUGAGCAAUCAAUUGCAAGUCACGCUAAAGAACAACAACUACACUAUUGGUGGUGGUAAAUUUCCUUAUCAUCGCGGCAGUUGCGGCGGUGCUGGUGAACACUUGUUGGCCGCCAAUUCCAUAGCCAAUCGUUCGACUAUAAUAUUGAGCAAGUCAUGCAGCAAUGUGGAAGGUGCACCGACGGCGCAUGCUGGCGGUGUUGGUGGCGGCGGAAAUGCUGAUGUUAUGCGCAAAUUAAGUUUAGGCGGUCAAGUGGAUGCUGCAAAUAAUGGCAAUCUGGUGUCGCCUGCUGCGUUGACACCUUCACCGACCGCAAAGCAGCCGCAAGUGGCUGCAACUCACCCUACAUUACCACAAGCACAAUCACAACAGCAACAACAACCCACCGCUGGCGGCCCGGGCAGCAAUGGCAACAAUGAAUACAACAUUGUGCAGCUAAACAAUACAAUCAUACAGUGUCAUUUCAACGACGAGGAUUUUCGCGCGCUGGUCAAAGAUCUGAAACGUAAAGUGGAGUACACCGAGCGCAUGAAUUGGCUAUGCCUCUCUAAACGUCCCAUGGGUCCGCCACAUCGCAAAAGCAGUCUACCAAAGCAUCAGGAGGUGAAAAAGCGUUUCCUGGAAAUUUGUGAUACCAACUUCUCGGAUGAGGUGAAAUCAGCACUGCGGCUGCCCGCAUUCGAUUCGUAUGAGUGGGGCGAUGCCGAUGUUAUACAUUUAAUGCAAACGAUGUUCCUCGAAUUGGGCUUCAUAGAUAAAUUCAAUAUACCGAUUGAGACGUUGCGUGAGUGGCUCUAUGAGGUCUACAAGCAUUACAACGAGGUGCCAUUUCACAAUUUCCGGCAUUGCUUCUGUGUGGCGCAAAUGCCUACCUCGUGGCGCAUCAACGUUAAUUCAUUCCUUGUCGCGUUCGCAGUGAUUGGCAGCUGCAUUAUAACCAAUAAUAUGCAUAUAUAUAAUGACAUUUCGCCGUUGGAAAAUCAUCAUUGUUCAAUAGCAUUCCGCUUGCUGGAGCAUCCUGAGUGUAAUAUCUUCAAAAAUUUCAGCAGUGACACAUUCAAAGAAAUACGUGAGGGCAUCAUACGCUGCAUAUUGGCUACGGAUAUGGCGCGCCACAAUGAAAUACUAACACAGUUCAAAGAGAUUACACCCAUAUUCGAUUACACAAAUCGCGCACACAUCAAUUUGCUCUGCAUGGUGCUCAUCAAGGUGGCCGACAUCUCCAAUGAGGCGCGUCCCAUGGAUGUCGCCGAACCCUGGCUUGAUCGCUUAUUACAGGAAUUUUUCGCACAAAGCGCUGCUGAGAAAUCCGAAGGACUUCCCGUUACACCCUUCAUGGAUCCGGAUAAAGUUAGUAAACCCGGUUCACAGGUGCGUUUCAUCGGUUUGGUGCUACUACCGCUCUUCGAAGCAUUGGGCGACUUAGUGCCUGAAGUGAUUGAACUCAUCAUUAUACCCGUGCGCAUAGCGCUCGACUACUAUAGACGCUUAAAUGACGCGCAGAAUAAAUCGCGUAAAUCAGUCGCCGACACCGCCUCAAUGGUCGCAUCGGACAAUACUAGUGCCGCUUCGGAUGGUGGCGGCAGUACGACUGCUGUAUGUACAAAUGGUGGGCAUGCACACAGUCCAGCUGCUGGCACUAAUGGACAAAUAACCGGCACUAGCUCCGCCUCUACGGGCACUACAACCACCGGUGCGGGCGGUGGUAGUGGCAGCGGUGGCGGCGGCGGUGGCGGCUCGGGCAGUGGUGGCACCAACUCUGGCGGCAGUAUUUCACCACAAAUGCCACGCUCACAAUCGGGCAUUAGUGUGAAGUCCCGCCGGAGUAUACCAUCACAGAAAUCGGCAUCACGCACCUCGGUCGAUGAGCCGCAAUGCUUGGCAGCCGAAUUACACGAUCUACCCGAGGGUAGUGAGAGUGGUGAUUCCGAGACGGCAACCGAAGUGGAUGUCGCCGAGAAGACUUCCAAAUUCAAAGUGGACACUGAAGGCAGCAGCAACCGUUCGAAAUCCUCGCAUUCGACAUCGCGUAAGUCAUCGCGCGAGAAACGACCCUCCAUGAUCGGUGAGAUGUGCAGUAGCGGCGGUGGACAACGCAUACGCAACUCUUACGGCAACAUACACGGCUACCACACCAAUCGCUGUCACUUCAGCUCUAACCGCGCGGUCAGUCUGGACCAGUAUAGCACCAAUAAUCGACGUCUCUCGGAUGGUCUACAGCAAGUCAUCUCCGACAGCAAUGUCUUCUAUAAUCGUCAAAACCGUGGCAGUAUCGAGGCGACCGCCAGCCGUCUGGGCGACGAUCUGAAUAUGAAUGUCGCAGGCGUCGCUGGCGGCAUCACGGGUGUUACGCAGUCUUCCACGCAGCCACUCAAUCCGAACAAUGUGCCAAAUGUGGAGUGCAGCGCCGGCAUGGCGGCACAUGUCAGCGGCGCAUGCACCAGUCAGUCUUGCCAGCAUCAACAUUUGCACCAUACACACCACAUCAGCCAGCAUCAACAGCAGUUACACCAGCAGCAAAUGCAGCAGCAGCUACAGCACUUACAGUCAUCGUCGAAUGGCAAUCUCUCGCCCACCCAGUUGCUGCAACCGAAACUACAGCAACACUGCUGUGCUGCCGCCGCCGCCGCUGCAGCUGCUGCCGCCGCGGCUGGCAACACGUCCAACGGUCUAGGCGGCAAUGGCAUUGGCGGUGCAACCGUUUCCAAGUCCACCUGGAAGACACGUCUCAAACAGUUUUCCGACUACUUUGGCUUUUCAUUCGACAAGGGCGGCAAGCGUUUCGGCAGCACACGAAGUUCACCGUGCCCGGCGCGCAACAAUAACGGCACUGGUCUGACCGGUGUCAAUCACACUAUUGAUCCGCUGCUCGGCGGUAGUGGCAGUGGCGGCAAGCCGCAAAGCAUUUGCUGCACCAUCUCGAAUAACCUGCAGUCCCCUAGUCUGCGUCACAAAUCGUUGGCCGCGGGCGCCGGUCUGCCCACCCACUCGGAGCUGGUUAAUGCCGGUCGCCUACGCGCCUACAGCUUAGACGUGCCAUGCAGUCACACCAGCAAUCCGCGCUACAGCAGUAGCAGUGGUGGCGGCGGCGAUAGCAGUCGCAAGUCAUCGCGCCAUGAUGGCGGCACCACCGGCACCGGCGACGACAACAACAGCAACAAUACGCUACAUAGCAGCGGUGGCGGUGGCAGUGAAAUGCCCACUUGUCUACCGCCGCCCAUACGCAUCGGCAGCGUUGAUGCCAGCGACACAAUAUUAAUAACGACCGGCUUGCCGCGCGUUAUAACGCCCGCUCAGCUGGCCGAGACCGAACCGAGUUUGAGCAUUGACUUGGGUAUGGCUAGUGGGUCCUCAUAUGAACCGCCGAAAAUUUGACAACGGGGUAGC